GUACAAAUAUGUGGAAGAUAACAGAUUGAGGUCACUCCCACCUAUAUCUGUAGCUUGGGCACCAACAUCGCAGACAUUCCAGGUGAAAACAAUGAUGUGGUCAAUCAUCACGCUGUGUGCUGCUUUGUUGUGUUAUGUGGCAACAGAGCAGCUUGAAAUGGUUGAUAAGCCGGUGAGCUUCUCAGAAGCCGAGAAGGAAUGUGUUGCAAAAGGUGGCCAUCUUGCGUCCAUUCAUGACCGAAACCAUAACGACAGGUUGAAGGACAUAUGCAGAGGUUCUGGUUCCCCACACAACUGCUGGAUUGGUCUGAAGCAUGAUGGACAAGGCUGGAAGUGGACCGAUGGCACCACAGUGGACUACACAAUGUGGCAUGGCGGAAGCCCCUCCACUGAGGCCGGGGCUGUGUGUGCCGCCAUCGUCAGUCAGUACUCCAACGUUGGCGAGUGGAUGGCGGAGAAAUGUGAUGCCCCCGAGACGAAAGCAGUGGCGCUGUGUUCCAUCGGUGGAAGCCAGAACCCCAACACAGGAAAUCAGAACACACCAAACCCGAACACAGGACACACCAACCAACCAGUGACGUCACAACCCGUUCUUAUGGCAGUACCUAAUUUAGGGAAGGCUCCAGCUCGAAAGGGGACACGGUUGAUCGUGAAGGGCACUCACUUUGAACAAAACGGCAAGAAGGUUUUUCUAUCCGGCGUCAACCAGGCUUGGGUAUCCAACGGGCACGACUUCGGAGACAACAACUACGAAUACAGACACCUAGAUUUUGAAAAGUACCUGAAGAUGGUUGCCGACAAUGGCGGCAAUUCUAUUCGUGUGUGGGUGCACGAUGAGGGAGCAGUCUCUCCCCAUUUCGACUCAUCUGGCAUGGUCGUGAGCCUGGAUCAGAAGGGCACCUUCAUCAGCGACAUCAAGAAGUACCUGCGGAAGGCCCUGGAGUACAACAUCCUUGUCUUCUUCUGUCUGUGGAACGGGGCCCAGGCGCAGAAUGACCACAUCCACAUUGACGGGUUAAUCAAAGACGAAGCUAAGCUGCAGUCGUACAUAGACAAUGCCCUGAUCCCGUGGGUGAAGGCGGUGAAGGACGAGCCCUCAAUGGGAGGCUGGGACAUCAUCAACGAGUUUGAGGGAGAAGUCAAACCAAACCUGGCCAACGCGGAACCCUGUUUUGAUACAAACUUCCUGCUGAACUCCGGGGCAGGUUGGGCGGGCAAGCUGUACACGGCGCAGCAGUUUCUGAAAUUCAUAAACUGGCAGGCGGACGCUAUCAGACAGGUUGACCCCCAGGCGCUCGUCACGGCUGGGUCGUGGGAGGCGAGGUCCAACGUUGAUAAAUGGGGAGGCUUCAAUAUGUACAAAGACGAGUGCCUUGUAAAGGCUGGCGGCAAAAAGAUGGGCACGCUGACGUUUUAUUCGAGCCAUACCUACGCCUGGCAGGGGAAAUAUAGUGUGUUUUCCCCCUUCAAGCACGUCUUCGCUGACUACGGACUUAAGAAGCCGUUGGUGGUCGCCGAGUUUAACCAGGUGUCCGGGGCAGGGAUGGACAUCGUUGACCAGUUCAAACACCUGUAUACCACUGGCUACGCUGGAGGAUGGACCUGGCAUAUACGUGCUGAAGGAUCGAACUCAGACUCACCAGCCACACAGAUGCGAGGACUCCUGUCACUGAAGGGCAAGGACGACCAGACGAAGGGAGGCCAGAUUCCACUCACGUUGUGAUCAGCAUCGAAUCCAACUUAAUUUGCACGAUUAUAUGCAAUAGGUCACAGGCUUUUCAAAAAUAGACUUUGGAAUAUUGUUAUGGAUAAUGUCUUUCUCAAUGAGAAUUACUAAAUCAUCAUACAAUAUAGAUAAUGAUGAUUUGGGUGUUUUUAAAGUUUACUAAUUCUGUUUGAACAUUAUAAAUUCUGUCAAACAUAUUAAUAAAUAUGAAUUUACA